AAAUCUUGCAAACUGUGACAUGAUUUCCUUAUAAAAUGUUCCGUGAUUAUGGAACUGGAUUCAUUGCAGUUGGUGCGUUCGGUUUGGUUACAUUUGAGGAAGAUUGUUUUAGUUUGCGGAGGUUGAAAAGUUAUAAAGUUUUUUUCAUGUCAGUGAAAAUGUUCAGCAAAAAUGUGGUCGUGUUUGUGGUGGUCGCCUUAACUGGAAUCGAAUGCGCCUAUGCUCAGAGCAACAACUGGCGCCGGCCGAACGAAACCAACUACUCCGAAGCGUCGGCAACGAACGAUCGUACUCAGCGGCUCGGCCUCACCACCGGCUACGGGGGCGGACUGAAUGGGUACGGUUACUCCAGCUCGGGCGUUGGAGGUUACGCACCGCUCAAGAUCGACCUGGGUGGCGUCGUCCUGGGAACGUUGGUUGGUAUCGGGGCUCUGCUGAUCCUGCCCAAGCUGGUGACGGCCUUCGGUGGUGGAGGCUACGGUGGAGGUCACUACCGUAGCGAGAACGGAGACGGAGACUUCAGCCAGCUGUUGAACAAAGUCGAUGACAUGUUGGCUCAGAACAACAUCGAUUCGGGUUCCUGCAUGCAGAAGGCCAUCUGUACGUACGUACAGAAGUCCGACUACCACAUGCAGGUCGGAACCGCCGAUCAAGUUGAGCAUAUGAUCUUGGCGCUGGCAGAAAACUCUCUUGUGGACUACAUGUUGGAUGGAACCGCAAUCAAGGAAGCGAUCAAGAACGGCAAAGCUCAGAGCCGAUCCUGUGACGAAAUCUACAAAUCUUGCCCUCUGGAUCGGCAAUCCGCACUGCAGGUGUUCAAAAAAAUGUUCCCCAUGGGCGGGAAUUAAAACACCCUCGAUCAACACUCUUCGCUUAUAAUACUUGACAACACCCUCUUUCUUGAAAAACUUAGUACAUAUCGCCACAACUGUGCCGUAUUUGACGAACCACGAACCCCUCAUUCCGAAUGAAAUUUUGCCACACGCCUACUAUGUUUCCAUGAAUGUGGCUCUGCUGUAGCACACGCGACGCGUUUAGUGAAUCAUCGCCGUUUGUCGUGAGUCUCCAUUUUGCAUAUCUGAAGCGUGACACGCAGCCGAUCAUCUCAGCGGAUAGCGCCGCGGCCAAGAAUAGGUUGAAAUCAAAAGUAAUAUUCACAAGCAUCACAAGGAGGUGGCAAAUACUCAACCUGAUUCCAAAAAAGCGCUGAUGGCCCGCAGUCAUCGUCCGCAAGCGAGUGGUUCUAUUUCGGGAAAAUUCCAACACAAAUAACACACCGCACCCACCACCACCGCCACCGACUGAUCGUCCAACGGGGCCGCGUUUCGAGGUUAAAUAUUUAGUGUGUAGCUCACCCACUGCUAAAAGAGGCGGUAAAUCAACAUCGCGUUUUGGGGAAUGGCAACUGUUUACAACAGAAAAUUUUAAUUUUUCGGGAAUGCGGGAAAUAACGACGUCGCAAAAGAAUGACACGUUCAGUAACGAAUGCACUCUUUGCAAUAGCUAUAAUUUUUAUGAUGCUUUUGUUUCCGGUUUGCCAGUUGUUCUACUUUCUAUCGCUUGCAAAUCAUAAAUUGAAUAAAAAAAAACAAACACCAAAAAAAAUGUUUAUGAAGGGGACUCAAUUUUAGUACUGUAAGAAUUGAAUGUGAGGAAGACCAGUGUAAAUAAAUAUGCUUUAAUGCGAUAAACGAGCAAACAUGAA